AUUGGUAUACUUGUUUUUUUAUUUCACAGUCAAUGGUUGCCAAUCCAUCGUUUGUAGAGGUUAGGUUGCAAGUUUUGGAUUGUAAUCAAUUGCAAAGACUUCAAUUUGGAACGACUGUUAUUAUUUGUCAUAUUUUAUACAAUCUUGAUUCUACGUGUGAGCGAUUAUGGCGUCCAAAGUCACAUUUAAAAUUACUCUCACAUCCGAUCCCAAUCUGCCAUUCAAAGUGUAAGUGGCUUUAUGAUGCCUUAAUUGCGCUUAGAAUAAAUUUAAGAAUGCAAGCCGCCGGUUCUGACAUUUUUAAGACCAUCGACGCGUUUCUCGCGCUAUUGCAGAGUCCAACUGUUAGUGAACAAAUGACUGUACAAAAUAUAACACAAGCUUUCAAUUGUGCUCGUUUCGUUGAAGCCGCCGUUGCCAAAGUGCAGGCUGAAAACAAACAGUUGCCUUUCGAGAAAUGUUUACAUCAAAAGCUAAAGCGAAAGUUAUUUCGGCAGAAUCAGAACAUUACAUGCUCCGAUCUGGAAAAAGCCUGCGACCUAUUAUUAGAAUGUUAUAUGAAGGAUAGUCAUAUUUCUACAGAGAUAGUAGACGAGUAUCUGAAACUGUAUACUCAACAUUUUGGACAGAACAGAUUAAAUGACUUUCUGAAUCAGAUGAUAAGCAACUCUAUUGCCACAAAUAUGAUUAUAGAAUCUUUAAAAGAAUUAGGAGUGCCACUGUCUUGCAUGGAAGAUGAGGCGUUAAUUAUGUCGUGGCAGAUGGCAAUAGCUAAUGGCGAUCGAGAUGAAGUAAUGGAAUGCAUAAAUAAGAUGUUAAACGAUGGUCACGUUUCAAGAUUGGUACACUUGACGGUUGAAUCGCAUGAUGAUACAAUAAAAAAAUUGGUUGUACAAACUUUCACCUCGAAGCUAACCAACUAUGAUCCUGAGAUAUGCGUCGCUUUAGCCGAUACUGAGAAGAAAUUACUCUUAAGAUUACUUUGCGACAGCACUCAGUUUUGCAUAGAUUUUGUCGAUGCAGUAUUCUACUUUGGCCGAAACAUGUAUCUUAUGGAUGGAAAAUGGUGUUCAGAUUUUAAAUUUGUGUACAAACAUCUCUGCCAAAUAGUGAAAGUUUUGUUAAACGGCCCUCGCGUAAUUCGUGAACAAGUCUGUAAUAGAAUAUCCACUGUUAAGACUCAACCAGACAGUGAGAUAUGGAGUAGCGUUGAAGCAGACAUUUUUAAAUGAUUUUCUAGACUUCUAAUACUUAGUGUACCAGAAAACACUCCGUUUACUGCCGUAUUAAAGUUUGCUGCUGAGGAAUUUAGAGUGCCUCCAGCUACAUCAGCCAUAAUUACAGACGAUGGCAUAGGAAUUAAUCCUCAACAAACUGCAG